UCAUGUGUCAGAAUUCUUCAUUUUGAACUUUUGUUAAAAUAGCGCACCUAAGAAGAUGUCCAGUACAGAUCCCCUAACAAAUACAGAUAAAAAGACUAUUAUGGGCCCUCAUGGAAUCAAUCGAGCUGUCCACCGCAUUUCUUUUUCUGAUUGUCAAAAUGGAUUAGGAGUUAAAAUCAUUGGAGGUUAUCGGGCACAAACAGCAGAAGAUUAUGGGAUUUUCAUAAAAAGAAUUCUACCCGGAGGGGUUGCUGCUGUAGAUAGCCGUUUGCUCACUGGCGACCUAAUUUUGGAUGUCAAUGGAGAAAACUUAAUUGGAGUAACCAAUGAAAGGGCUGUUGACAUCUUGCGAACAGCAUCAGCGUCUAAUCACAUGUCUCUACUAGUUGCCAGAGAUGAAGAAGCAAAGAAAGAAUUCCUUGACCUGAUGGAUAAGUACGGCUCUCACAGUGACACCAACUCUGCAGGAAGUUCUCCAACACAACUAUUAGCUGCAAAAUCUAUAGACAGCCCUUCUGGAUCAUCCUCGAGGUCACAGAGUCCUCAGUUGCAUCUGAAGGAUAAUAUCACCACCAUCAGUAGAGAUAAUUCUGUCCCAGCACCAUCCCCAAAGCUUGCAAAGGAUAGUGCAUUUCAGAUUAUCUCUGUUUGCAAAGGAACAAGCCUAGGUUUGAAUAUUGUAGGAGGGAUUAACAGAAAUGAAGGGCCUUUGGUAUACAUUCAAGAAAUCAUCCCCGGUGGUGAUUGUCAUAAGGAUGGACGAUUGAAGCCUGGAGAUCAGCUUGUAUCCAUAAACAAAGAGUCAAUGAUUGGUGUCUCCUAUGAAGAGGCAAAAAGUAUAAUCAACAGAACAAAGAUGAGGUUUGAAAGUUUUUGGGAGAUAGCUUUUAUUAGACAAAAAAAUAUUCCCGGUUAUUCAGAGAAUCUGCAACGUCCUUUCAGUCUCUUAACGCCUUCUGUAGCAUGUGGAGAGCAACAGGCUGCAGGACUUAGUCCUCUUGCAACUCCUAAUGGGAAGUUUGUUUCAAUGUUCACUCCAAAUGCUAUGGAAACUGGAGUCAAGAUGGAAGAGCAAUCUCCAGUUACUUCUCUAGACAGCAGUCCUACUGAUGUGUCUGCCACUGUUAUUGCCCCCAGCCAGAAUGAUGAUUAUGAGCUGCAAGAAAGGAACUCUACUAUUCGUCUCAAAGCAGAGAAGCUGGAGAGGGCAUUGAAUUAUCUUGGGAUUCAGCCCACGGAUGAACAGCAGCAGCAACUAAGGCAGCAACUUCAGAAAGAUUCUAAAGGAACAGUGUCUUUUGGAGAUUUCGUUGAAGUUUCAAGGAACCUGUUCCCCGUGCAAUUGAAUGCAACGGAUGAUGGCCAAAAAUCUGUAACGUUUGGGGUCAAUGAAAUUGCCAGCUUACUGGAUUCACAGUUUGUAACCUGUGAUUCUUUGGAGGAUGACAUGGAAAGACUUAAGAAAGAAAGAAAUGAAGCUUUAAAAGAAAUGAGUAAAUUAAAGGAAAAAUUGUCUGAAUCUGUGAAUUUACAGAAACAGUUAACAGAGGAGCUACAAAUAGUCAAGCAAGAAGCCAAGGCAGCUGUAGAAGAGACAAGAGCUCUGCGAAGUAGGAUUCAUCUUGCAGAAGCUGCACAAAAGCAGGCUCGUGGAAUGGAAAUGGACUACGAAGAAGUAAUUCGCCUAUUAGAAGCUGAAAUUGUAGAGCUGAAGGCUCAGCUCACUGAUCAUUCUGGCCAAAAUAAAGAUGACAUCCAAAACUUGAGAAAGAGAGUUACAGUGCUUGACUGCCAGCUGCGGAAAUCAGAAUCAGCUAGGAAGACCUUUGAGGUGGCUACUGAAAAAUUGCUACAAUUUGUAGAGGUCGUGCAUGAAGUACUUUCAGAUAACUCUACUUCCUCGACAGUUUUAAGUGACAGAAGAACAACAUUGUCUACUAAAGCACUUCUUGCACGGUUGGGAAGGAUUGGACCUACUGUCACAACAGCUCUUGCAGCAGAAGCCAGAGACCUUGCCAAGUCUGUCCGUGCCAUUUUGGAAGUAGAUUGUCUGCCUUACGGAUGGGAAGAAGCUUAUACAGCAGAUGGAAUCAAAUACUUUAUCAACCAUGUGACACAGACAACGUCAUGGAUCCAUCCUGUAACAAGCGCACUAAGCUUGCUUUGCUCUGAGGACGAUGACGAUGGAACAAGAGAGCUCCUUGGGUCCAAGAGCUGAGGACGUCUGUUAACAGAAAGUAGUUUGUCUAGUUUCAGCACAUUAGUGAUGCACACUUUUUAAUCUACGUGUUUUCUAGUCUAAUGUAAUAGUACCUGAUGACGUUUCUCCCCUUCAAGUCAGAGGAAGUUCUGCCAUUUUUUAGGUGGGUUUAUUCAUGGGUGCUACAAAAGAUGCAGGGGCUGCAGAAGUCUCCCUUCAGUCCUUAAUCUGUCCCAGUUCGGUGUGCAGGGAUCAGUCUUGAGGCCUGAUCCAGCCUUUUCACGACUUCUCUGUCAGCAUAACUCUACCGACCUGAAGUGAAAGUGUCACAGCUUUGACCAGCAUGAGGGUUAAGAUUGGGACAUUGGUUGUAAUUUCACAUGGUGAAUUCCCGGUAAUGGUUGACUGAAAGAUGCAAGGUGAGCUUUUUUCCUUUUUUAAACCAAUGCUAGUGAGUGCAAUGUAGAUGCCUUUUCUUCAACUACUGAAAAUUUUGACUUUAUGGAAGAAAUUUGCAAAUAAGUUUUGCUAAUAGAAAUUUAGCGAUUUAUUACAAGUAUUGGAGCCCUGGUGACUUUUAAAACAAAUACUUAUUAAGAUUGGUGGUUUGGGCUUUAGAAAAAUGAGUCUUCGAUAAGUUGUCAGGUAAAAAGGAACAGUUUUGGUAGAGGACACCAUACUCUGUCAACAAUAUGAGGCAAGAAUGAAAAUUAUUCUACUUUUGUACUCUGCUAAACCGAUACAUAUAUGCAUCAAAUACUUCAGUGGAAGCUGUGAAGUUUCAAGUACAAUGAAACCUGUGAAACCACCUCCAGGAUCAGCAGCAAUCAGUCACCUCCUCAAAGUUGGUCUUUAAGUAGAACAAAAUCAUUUUGUACACAUUGGUGAUGAUUUAGAGAGGAUAUAGAAAAUGACAGGGGUGCUGGUGCAAUCUAAUGAACAGGUUUCACUGUACCUCUGUCGUGGUUUAACCCGGCAGGCAGCUAAACACCACACAGCCAUUCGC